AUGGCUCCGACUUUGCCCUUUCUCAACAAAGCUCCCCAAGGCUCUCUGAGUGCUCCCUCGACGUCCCUGAUGGUCAAGGCCGAUCUUGUCACCCAGGAGGAGAUGAGUCGCCUGACCGACUUUUACCCGUAUGCCUUCACCGACUUCUUCGGGUCUGGUACGCGGGGUGAAGAGAGUUACAUAGUCACUUUGGAAGUUAUUGGUGCUAUGUAA